AUGGCACGCGGUAGCGCAGAGAAAGGCAGAAAAGUAAGUUUUCAUACUGAUAAAAGUAAGAUUCUACAUUUCUAAUGCCCUGAGUUUGUUUUUACUCCUUUUUUUAAUUUUUUUUAAACAAGAUUUUUGUAAAAAAACCCAAAUUUUGAAAAAAUUUUUUGAAAUUUUUUGCAUAAUCAAAAUUAUCUAAACUUAAGUCUUUAAACCCGUUUUAUGCCUAAAUUUUAACUAAAAAAUAAACAAAAUUAGAUUUUUUAAAAAAAUUUAAAUUUGCUUUCUUUCGUGCACAAAACUUUGUUUCCAGAGUCGUACUACGGUUGGAACACGGAGGGCAGAGACUCGAAAAGGUGGCGGGUAUGGUCGUCGCAAAUAUACUGAAGGUGGUGCUCAUUGCUCGGUGGAGAAACAGACCCAUGAAGUCCUUCCAAUGGCGACAAGGAUUGCGCACAAAACUCUGCCUAAGGACAAUCCUAAUUCUGUGAGUUUUUCGGAGUUUUAAAGAAUGUUUUAUUGUUGAAACACUAUGCCAAGCUUUAAAAAUUUAACUUUUUCUUCAACUCUUUUCUUCUCCUUCAAGGUUUUAGGUCUAAAUUACUGUUUUAUCUAAUAUUUAUACUUAAAUUAUUUUUUACCACUCAUUUUCACGUUCAAAUGCUUCAAAGUUACCUAAAAAAUAAAAUUCGAGAACUUUUGCAUAUCAUUUUACAUAUUAUCCAUGAUUUAGGAACACUCGAAACCAGGAAAUGCGAAACAAAUUGCCUUUAAGAAUUGGUUUGACGCCGUGGUAGAGUUGGGGUUGCCGAAGAUUCGAAAAGAUUUUGUAACGAAGGUCAGAAAAUACACUCCAGAUGGUUCUCACGAGAUUUGUCAAACCGAGGAGAACGCGACCAAGAACAGGUACGACGACGUGAAUCUUCUGGACAAAACUCGCGUCAAAGUUAAUAUUAAUCCGGACAAAGGUAGGAGGUUGUCAAGUUUGAGGACUUUUAAGUUUUUUGUUUUUUCAUACCUAAAAAAUUGGUUUUUUAUGUUAAUGUUUUAACACUCCUCAUCUGUAAAUGUUUUUACGAAUCAUAUAAUUACUGUAACCUUACCUUUUUAAUCGCUGUAACUUUACCUCAACUUUCAGACGACUACAUUCACGCCAGUAUGGUCGAAGUCCACUCCGAACUGUCAUACAUUUGUGCCCAAGGCCCCAUGGACAACACGAUAGCACAGUUUUGGCUGAUGUGCAUUCAAGAGGACGUCAAAGUGAUACUUCAACUGUGUCAGAACAUUGAGGAUGGGAAGGAAAAGUGCUCAGAGUACAUGGCUGAUGGCAAGUCAGAUUGGGUUACCUAUGGUUGUGUCCAGGUGAAGCAGAUCGAUUCCCAGAAGAAUGUGGCCGGCACCAAAAAAGUGAAUCGAACCAAAGUUGAGGUCAAGUUCGAGGAUAAGACACACUCGGUAACACACUUACUGUACUCGGGAUGGCCAGAUCAUGGCGUUCCGGAAAGUGUAUCGACAUGUCGAGAGGUGAGGAACAUGGUGCACAAACUGUACGAGAAGAAACCUAUUGUCAUUCAUUGUUCGGCGGGGAUUGGUAAGGGUUUGUAUAAAAAUGUGAUGGAUAAUAUAGAGUUAAAUCUUAAUUUUAUGAUAAUAUAGGAUUAGAUGUCACUGUUAUUAAUGAAUUUGGUCAAAAAGUUUACGGAUGAACUGGAGAAAAUGAAAGGCUGUAAAAAUAGAGAUACUACAAUGUUAUUGACCAUUUUGCUACUUCGAGCUAAUUUUUUGAAUUAAAAAAAUGUUACUUUAGGUAGGACAGGGACAUUUGUAGCGAUUGAAAUGGUAUGUCAUAGGCUAAUGAAGGAAGAGGACUUUAACUUUAGUAUGAUGGAUAUUAUAAAGAAACUCAGGGAUCAACGGAUGCACGCGGUUCAGAAUGAUCAGGUUGGUUCACUUCAAAAUUUCAAUAAAAAAUUUUAGUUUUUUAAAAAAAUUCUUGACGUAGACUUUUAGUAGUACGCUUUUUAUUGACAUAAACCUUCAGCAGCAUUAUUAACACAAGUUUCAGCAGUACGCCUUUGUUUAUCGUUGUGUGAUUGAAGUUUUAAUCGCCGAAGACUGUCUAUCGCGCAACUCUCGAGUGAUACAGUUCAUUCAAGAGUUUGAGGACAUGGUUGAACGUAAGAAGAAGCAACGUGCUAACAAAGACUGA